ACACACACACACACAUACACACACACACACAUCCCUCUUUUUAUCCUAUGUGCACACAUUUAGCUGCUCAGAAACAGACCUAGAGGAGUAUGGAGAGACUUGGAUUUAUGAUACAAUCACGUCUUAGAGGUUGAGUCUCACUGCUCUGGGAUCGGUAACACACUCUUCUGUAGCUGAAGUGUACGCACUAAUGAUGUUCAUGGGUAAUAACCGCUAUCCUAUAGGGCUGUAUUCCAUAUAACCCUUUGGGCUUACACAGUGACCACACAUAACCAGCCACCCACCCUCUCAAAGACAAACACACAGAGAGAGAGAGAGAGAGAGAGAGAGAGAGAGAGGGAGAGAGGUCAACUUUAGGCAAAUAACAGCUAAAGGUCUGGUCUGGAGUUCUAGUCACAGAGGUCAAGAAAUCUCAGAGUGGUAGAAAAGGGCUCAGACGCACAAACACACUUUUAACUCUGUAAUCGAGUGAGUGACUCACCACUACAUUACACACACACACACAAACACACAUACCUACAUCACAUAAUCACACACACACACACACACACACACACACACACAUCAUGUCCACGCUCCUGCGUGCCCCCACACUCCACCACUUCCUGUCUGUGCGUCUGCUGGGCACUGCGGCCUCUCGGACGUUACCUGUGGAGCAGCCAGGUGCUGUCACCUGCGGAGGUUGUGACCCCGGUGACCCCCUGCUGACCUUUGAGGACCCGCAGGCCUUCAAGGUCAAGAGUGCGUGGGAGCUGGUCAGGGCGCUCACCGUCUUCCGCUUCUGCUCCUACCCCCUGCUGGUCAACCACUGCGGCAAGCUCAUGUCUGUAGCUCGUUCCAUUCUGGGCAGGCGAGGAUUCUCCCUGUUCGUCCGGCCCACCGUUUACGCUCAGUUUGUUGCCGGGGAAACCGAGAGUGAGAUCUCCGUGUCCAUGGAGAAGAUGAGCUCGUUGGGGCUUCGCCCGAUGUUGGCAGUGCCCAUCGAAGAGGACCUGGGAGAAAGCACCGGGGAGCGUCGCUAUGACGAUAACCUGGCAUCCAUGUUGGAGUGCGUGAGGAUCUCCCAUAGCAACGCCUGGAGCAAAGAUCCCAUGAUGCAGCUGAAGAUCACCGCCCUCAUCAGUCCAGAACUGUGUGUGAAGCUGACCUCUCUGAUGAAGGAGGAGCACUAUGACCUGGACCUGCUGGUCAGAGCCAUGAAUGGAGAGCCAGUCAUCUUCCCGGGCCUGCUGGAGGGGGAGAACACACACUUCCUGCUUGGCCUGCGCAGACUGGACCAGAUUGCACAGGCCAGCAUCAAUAAGGUGAGAGUCCUGGUGGACGCUGAGUACACCUACAUGAACCCCGCCCUCUCGCUCAUCACCAUGGCGAUGAUGAAGAAGUUUAACCAGCACAGCUCAUGGAUCUGGAACACUUAUCAGUGCUACCUCAAGGACUCCCAUUCUCUCCUCCUGGAGGCUGUCCAUCUCUCAAAGGUCCACUCCUUCUGUCUGGGGGUCAAACUGGUCCGUGGGGCCUACAUGGACAAAGAGAGGAAACUGGCCAAUCAGGAGGGCCGCACAGACCCCAUCCACCAAUCAUGGGAGAAUACCAAUGACAGUUAUAACGGCUGUUUGGACAUCAUGCUCGACCUCAUUUCCCAGAAUCACGGGCGUUAUCAGAUCAUCGUGGCCACACACAACGAGAAAUCAGUCAGACACGCUGUCACACGCAUGGGUGCAUUGGGCAUUCAGAGAGACGAAGGCUCGGUGUGUUUUGGUCAGCUGUUGGGCAUGUGUGACCAUGUGUCCCUCACUCUGGCCCAGCAGGGGUUCUCUGUGUAUAAGUCGGUUCCGUACGGUUCCGUGGACGACACGCUGCCCUACCUGGUGCGCCGGGCACAGGAGAACCGGACCGUCCUGCAAGGCAUCCGCAAGGAGAGAGACCUGCUCCGCCAAGAGCUGAAGAGGAGGAUGAGGGAGGGGAGGAGAGGAAGAGUAGAGAGGGAAGAGAGGGAGAGGAGAGAGACCUGCUCCAGCAAGAGCUGAAGAGGAGGAUGAGGGAGGGGAGGAGAGGGGGAGGGUGAACUGAUAUGAAUAUAUAACUAUGGAUGAGCUCCUGCUUCUCAUCAGAGUUAUUAACAAGUGUAACUUUUAUAGGGGAGAGAGAGGGGGAGAAGAUAGAAGAGAGGGGGGAGAAGUAUAGAUAGAGAUGUUUAUUGUUAUCUACUUUUGUGGAUGUUAAAUACUGGUGGAGGUUUGAAAUGUGACGAAAGCUGGCUGCUGGCUGUGUAUUAAAGCUGUUUGCAUGUGUUAAGUGUUUAUUGUUUAGUGUUUAUUUUGGUUGUUUGUUUGACCUUUAUUUUACACCUUCCUCUCUCUUUUUAUAUGCCUCUCUUUCCUCACCAUUAAUGGCACCAAAUGGAGAGAGAGAGAGAGAAGAGAGAGAGAGAGAGAGAAAAGAGGGAGAGAGAGAGAGAGGGAGGGAGGGAGAGAGGGAGGGAGGUGAUAAGUCCCUAACACCUGAUCUUUAAUGACUUCCCAACAGCCCCCGGCUCCCUCCCCCCUCCACACCUGCAUACGAGCAAAUGCCUUGUUAAUGGAGAAACACACACACACACACACACACACACACACACACACACACAUCCUCCUUGUGGCACCUCAACUCAGCAGCUAAAUGCCCCUCUCCACUCUCCUUUGCCUACGUAAUGAUCUCUUAGUUUAAUUAACUUGCCAACCAGCCAAGUCAGCCGCUGACUGUGAUAUGAACUACUCUGCUUUUAAAAUGGGCUUCUGUAAGUCGAAAGCCUUUGAAAUGUUAGUCUUGUAGUAUAUGUUUUGAAACAGAGUCCACAAGUCCAAAGUGUCUCUCCCCUGCAGAGGCCGUGGUGUCAGUGACCUGUCAGUGACCUGUCAGUGUGCCUGUCAGUGUUUGCUGUGGUCGUGUCUGUCCCUGUCACAGGCAAACAUCCAGGAGGAGAGCAAGGCCACUGCGUGCAUGAAGGCAUGAGAGCUGGCCACUGCAUUGCAGAGCAAGUGGUUUGUUUUACACUGUGAUUCAUGCCUCACUGUGAGAGUUUUCACCAUAGACAUUUAUUUUGGCUUAAUGCUGUAGCCCUGUAGUUUAAAAAGUUUCAAUCUAAAACUGCUUAAAUGUAUUGUAUUGCUGCUGUGCCUCUGUAGCUUAAAUAUAAAAACGUUUUUAAUGUGAAUAGCCUAAAUGUUAUUCCAUUGCUGUAAGUCGAUUUGGACCUGUCCACCAAAUGAAUAAAUGUAAAUAUGUAAAAUGUAAAAAAAAA